AUGAAGUUUAUCGUUUUAAUAUUAACCGUGGUGCCCAUUUAUGCCACUGGUGACAUGUUUGGUGACCUCUUGGGACAGGAACUUCACUAUGCAACUAUUGAUCACGUUCGCGAUAGAAGACAAGCCGGCAAUUACCGUACAGUGAACCAGGCACCAGCGCAGAUCCAACAGCUCCUGCACGCGCAGAACUCGCGUCCACCCAUCAUUCCAGUCCCAUCGCAGCCAGUUCCCAAACUGGGUUCAAAUCAACCGGCCCAGCCUCAGCAAGUGUCGCAGACGCAGGUCUCGCAGUACAGACCGCAAGUGACAUUCGCGUCUGGUGUCCAGCAGCCGGACUACAGAGGUAUCCCAGCGUCUAGGGGCCAGGGGCAUCCUGCGCAGGCGCCGCAGUACCGCCCUCUGCCUCAGCCCAAUUACAACGCAGCGCCACAGCCGCAGUAUCAGUCGAAGCUGCCGCCUCACAUCCAACAGUUGCUCCAAUUCCAGAGCAGUUUGGGUAACUCUAUCCCCGGAAGAUCGUAA